AUGUCGGAGGCGAAGCUGAUCGGGGACAACAUCGUCGGCAGUCUUCGGUUUUCGAGCAGCGAUCGGGAGAGGAGAUUCCUCGCCGAAGCCGGAUCCUCCUUCGGCUUUCCCCUUAUGGAGAAGCGCCUGAUGUCCACCGGAGUGAGCCAAAUUCUUCAAGACGUCGAAGACCUCUCCUUAAAGGCCUUCGUCGCUUCGCGCUGCGCCUCCCGUCAACUCAGGAUUGACAACGAACGAACUUCGCAGUUGGCGAGAAUGGAGGAGCGUGUGGUAGCCCUGGAAAAGGAAAAAUCUGCUCUCGAGGAGGCACUCGUUGCUGCCCGUGCUGAGGCGAAGAACCAUGCCGAGGCAGCCGAGGCUGCUCGCCGGGACGCACUUGGUGCGGAGAAGGCCAAGGAAAAUGCUGAAAAAGCUAAAGCUGAAGCCGAAGAAGCCCGGAGGGUUGCCGAAGCUCAACGUGCCUGUGGGAAAGAUGUUCAGCGAUGGCGCACCGCUAUCAGCUCCUUCGCAGAUUUGGUGCAAACUGACAUUCACGGCCUGCUCGCGAAGUUCGCUAUUGACCCUCCGGAGAUAUCAUUCAAGAGAAGGCAGAAAUCUUCGCUCGAGGCUUCCUUUGCGAGGCUGAAGCCGGCAACUUGCGCAGCGGCGCUCCCGGUGGCGGCGAAGACGGAGCCCCUGGCCAUGGCGAGGGCAAAGAUAGCGGGGGGCAAGCGGAUGAUGCUCCGAAGAUCGCCGAGGUGUGAUGACUAA